AUGAGGGAACUGAUAACAUUUAAUCUAGAGAAAAGGAGGCCAAGGGGAGACCUCAUUGCUGUCUAUGUCCUGAAAGGAGGCUGGACUAAGGAGGAGGUGUCUCCAGAGAAGAGGAAGCACGCUGUGAAGGCAGCAGGGCAAACCCCUUGUGGCCAGACUGGCUUCAGUGACAGCAACUCAAAAUGGCUGGCUCCAGCCAAAGCCAAGAAAACCCCAUCUAAACGAAACAGCCUGGAGUUAUCCAGUGAUGGUGAGGUGGAAGAGGGCAGCUGGGAGAUGGAGGAGGAUGAGGAUGGGAGCAGCGAGGAGAUGGUGGAUGACUACGGUGCCGCAUCGUCAGAGGAGGAAGAGUUGCUGCCUAUUGAAAAAGCUGCCCUGAAGCAGAAGCUUGACAGGGGAGGCCUUAGUGAAGAUGACAGUGAAGAGGAGGAAGAGGAGGAGGUGGCAGAGGAGGCAGCAGAAGAGGCAAGCAGGCAGAAAAUGGGACAGAAGGAGGAAGAGGGCCCAGAUCUGCAGCUCAACCUGGAUAUAGAUGAACAAUUUAAGCUGCCAACUAGUGAACAGAUUGAGAGAGAGGCUGCUGAGCCACCGGACCUGCACGUCAUUCACCAGCGCAUCAAGGGCAACAUGGAGGUGCUGCAGGACUUUGUGGUGAGGCGGGAGGAAGGCCACACGCGGCAGGAGUACCUGGCCGUGCUGCGCCGGGACAUGGCUGCUUACUAUUCCUACAGUGACUUCUUGCUGACAAAGCUCAUGGACAUCUUUCCACUCCCUGAGCUGAUAAACUUCCUGGAAGCUAAUGAGGUUCCUCGCCCUGUCACCAUUCGCACCAACACACUCAAGACGCGGCGACGGGACCUGGCGCAGGCUCUCAUCAACCGCGGCGUCAAUCUUGACCCCUUGGGGAAGUGGUCGAAAACGGGACUUGUUAUUUAUGACUCCUCUGUGCCCAUUGGUGCCACCCCUGAAUAUCUGGCUGGGCACUACAUGCUGCAAGGAGCCUCCAGUCUCCUCCCUGUCAUGGCUCUGGCUCCACAAGAGAACGAACGGAUCCUGGAUAUGUGCUGUGCCCCAGGAGGCAAGACCAGCUACAUAGCUCAGCUGAUGAAGAACACGGGAGUGGUCCUGGCCAAUGACAGCAACGCAGAGCGGCUGCGCAGCGUGGUGGGGAACCUGCACCGCCUGGGGGUCACCAACACUGUCCUGAGCAACUGCGACGGGCGCCAGUUCCCCAGGGUGCUUGGAGGGUUUGACCGUGUCUUGCUUGACGCUCCUUGUAGCGGAACAGGUGUUAUCUCCAAGGAUCCUGCUGUCAAAACCAACAAGGAUGAGAAAGACAUUCUGCGCUGUGCCCACCUGCAGAAAGAGCUGCUUCUCAGCGCUAUAGAUUCAGUCAAUGCUGCCUCAGAGACAGGGGGCUACAUUGUCUACUGCACUUGCUCCAUCAUGGUGGAGGAGAAUGAGUGGGUUGUGGAUUACGCCCUGAAGAAACGCAACGUUCGUUUGGUGGCCACAGGCCUGGACUUUGGCAAGGAAGGCUUCACCAGGUUCAAGGACCGUCGCUUCCACCCCUCCCUCAAAUCCACACGGCGUUUCUAUCCCCACACGCACAACAUGGAUGGGUUCUUCAUUGCUAAGUUAAAGAAGUUCUCCAAUGCCAUCCCCCAGGCACAGAAAGAUGAAGAACCCGCCGUGGAAGCAGCAACUCCAUCUGCUGUCCCUGAUACCAUCAUAGAACCUCAGCCAAAAAAGAAGAAACUUGAGGGAUCAAAAGUUGUCAAAGAGCAGAAGCCACCACACCCUGCUUUGAAGAAGACACGUUCAUUGCAAGCACAGAGGAGACCACUGAAGGCUGGCCGGCCUUCUCCAAAAAUGAUGCGUCCUCAGGUCCCUGGCAGAAAGAAGCACAGAGUGAAACCAAAUGGACAGUGA